CAUUGCUAUUCUGUUGCCACAGUAAAGUAAGUGGAUGAAUGUGUGUGGAUAAACAAGGUUAUGAGUCUGCAUCCUAUACCCGAGUCAAUCGAGAUAGGAAAAUAAGAAAAAUAAUAAUUUUGUGAUGCUGCGGUGCAGUUUUUUGACUUGGCAAUCGCCUAUUAUUAUUUUCUCCUGUUGAUUGAUGACAGAGUGAGAGAUAUUCGUGAUCAGUGCCGGGAGUAAGUAUUUACAACAUGGACACUGCACCUUCAGAAUCUUUGGACCCUCCUUUGCCACCAGCAACAAAUUUUAAGCCUGAAGAUGUAGAGCCUCCAGAAACACCCGACAGUACUACAGGAACAGGCAGUGACUCUUUUAAGUCAGAAAGUCCAAAAGUAUCAAAACCUGUUCUAGGCAAAAUUCAGGCAAAAAAAAGGUUAAUGGCAUUUGCCAAUAAAUUUGGUCAAGUCACUAAAGUCAAUAAAUUAAUUCCAAAACCAGAUAGAAUUAAAAAGCAAGAAAAAGUAUUGGCAAUUGAAGAAAUUGUUAGGGAGGAGAAUAAAUGCAGGCAAGCUGCGCAAGAAGCAAGAGAUCUUAAUGUAAAAAGUAUAAUGGAAGAACGAAAAGCAAGAGAAAUGAGAGAAGAAAGGAAAAUGGAUGAACCUUCAAGGGGUUCAGCUCAUAAAAGAGACAGGGAAAGACGAAGAAGUCGUGAUAAAAAAUCACGCAGUAGAUCAAGGGAUAGAACUCGAUAUAAUAGAAGAUCUUCACCUGAUGAUGAUCAUUAUAAAAAAAGGAACAGAGAUAAAGGAGACAGAAGAGAUAGAAAAAGUAGAGGUGACAAACGAGAUCAUUCUAGAUCUAGGCAUGAAGAACCAAAGCAAAAGAAUUCAGAUUCUAAAUCAUCAGAAAAAAGACGUUCUGAGUCAAAGUCAAAAGAUUCAAAAGAUUACCGCAAAAAGGCAGAUGAUCAAAAGCACGAUGUUAGUAAAAGUAGUGAAGAAUUAGAUAAAAGUAAAUCUGCCGAAAUUUCAUUGUAUGAUGAAUCUUUUGAAAAAGAUAUUUGCAAACCAGAAGUUUUGAAAAGUAACAAAACAGAAAAAAUAGAAGAAAAUAAGGAACAUCUCCACCAAGAACCUGAAAAGGCUGAAGUAAAUAAAACAGAUGAUGAAGAAAUCCAAAAAGAAGAUCAUAAAAUUAGCAAACAAGAAAAAAAUGACGAUGAAAAACAACAUAUUGAAAAAAUUAACAAAAUAAAUAGAACAGAACAAAAUAAAAAUUCCGAUGAUGAAACAGCAAAGGAACUUAAAUUGGAUACAUCGAAAAAAGACCCAAAAAUUAGUUCUUCUAGAAAAGAAGAAACCAAACUCGAGAAAAAUAAAAAAGAAGAUAUCAAGCCUGAAUCAAGUCGACGAGAAGAGUCUAAAUCCGAGUCAAAGUAUGACGAAGAUCGAGAGGAUAUGAAAAACAAAGUUGACGACGAUUUCAGUAAACGAUCGGUAUCCAGAGAUCGAAAAUUAGAUAGAAUUGAUAUUAAAGAAAAAAGAGAAGAACCGCGAAACAAAAUUCAUCGAGAUAGAGAACGAGAGAAGGAUAAAAUAAGAGACAUUCGAGAAAGAGAACUGUUGAGAUGUAGAAAUUGGGACGAUUUCAGAAAAUAUGGUUUCUUAAUCGAUGACGUUGGAUAUAUUAGGCGCUCUGACUAUGGAGAUAAUAUGAAUAAACUCAGAACUGUUGAAGAUUAUAAUGAGUGUUUGGAGCAAAUGUUAAUGAUAUCUGAUAAUCGACAGUACCGAUACCCAUUUCUUGCUGAAAGUUCAAAUGGUCAAAAGGAAUUUCCGCCUGAAUCAAUAAAAUUAACUAAAACUAAACCACCUGUUUUAUAUUCAGAGAAACCAAGUUUUCUCGAUCGUCAAUUUAUUCUUAAGGUCGUGUCUCCACCUAGACGAGAAAAAAUGGAAGACAUUUGUGAAGCUACUCAAAUUAGGAUUAUAACAUCUGAAAGAGAGGAAGGACACCAUGAGCGAUUAUGGUACAAAACCAUGGAUCCAUCCAAAUCUAUCAGUACUCGUACUUCGAUCGAUGUGCCAUCAUUUCCUCGUUCCAAGUGGGAUAGCGAGAAUGAAUCAAAUGACGAAGAAGCGGUUGACGAUAACGUGUUCGAAGCUAAUCCUUCUACUAAAGAAGUUACGGCUCAAUCAGAACACAAAUCUUUAAUCAAGCCUGCUGCUGUUGAAACAAAGUUACCAUCAGAAGCAUUUGAAUCCGAAAAAAUGGAAAUUGAAGAAGAAAAAGAACUAAAAGUAAAAGAAUCAAUAGAAGAAAAUGAAAGAGAAUCAGAGGAACGUGUUACCAAAAAAUCCAAAAAGUCUAAAUCCAAGAAGUCUAAUUCACCAACGUUGAAGAAAAAAGAUAAAUCUCCACACAAAAAGCAUAAAGACCAUAAAGUUAAACGCGAAAAACAUCAUAGUCGCGAAGAUAAACAUCACCAUGGACAUCGUCACAAUAAGCACAAAAAACAUUCAACGGAACCUUCUCCGCAAAAGGAAAGAGACUCAAAAUCGAGAUCACCAUCUCCAGAAGUCGAGGAAAUGUUAGUGUCUCCUUUGCAUACAGAACAUGAGAGUGGAGAAAUAAUCCAGCCAUUGGACACAAACAAACUCAAUUCACCUGCUAUUGAUGGACAGGAUAACAAGCUUGUUUCAGAAUAUGAACAGUUUAUGAAAAUGUUAACUGUUAAUGGUGAAAAAGGUAAAGGUUCUCCUGCUAGCUUCUAUGAAUUUAGUUUAGAAGCAAAAGUCUCGAAAGAAUCAGUAGGUUCUCCAAUGAAUCCUAAUAUUAUUUCUCAAUCCAUCGUUGAUACCGUUAGUGAGAAAAAAAAAGAAAAAUCUGAACUAAAAACAGAUAAGGAAAAGAAACACAAACAUGACGAAGCCAGUAUAGAUGAAAAAUCAUCGAAAAAACAUAAAAAGAAGAGGGAUAAAAGUUUGGAUAAAAACGAAAAACUGAUAUCAAUUGAAACUAAAGAAAAGUCAAAGAAGACUGAUAAAUUGAAACAUAUGGACGAAAAUGAAGAAACACCAAUUCGUCUCGAAAAAUCGCCCGUGCUUCACCAAAAAUCAGAUAAUUUAGAAAAUGAUUCCGAAACUGAUCACUUAAUUAAGUCAAAUGAAGUGGAAAUCAACCAUAAAAAUAAAAAUGAUAAUGGCAAUCAAGAUGACGGUAGUGAUAAUUCUCACUCAGUCCCUAGUGAUUGGGAAAGGAUGAAAAUUAAAGUUGAAAGAAGCAGUGACGAUGAAGAAGAAGACGAAAAAUCAACGUCAAAACGCAAGUCCAAAAAAAUUAAAAGGAAACGCAAGUUGAGCGUGAGCAGUGAAUCGAGCGAAUCAAGCUCGGAUUCCGAAGACGCAAAAGUAAAACGCAGAAAGCGUCGUCGCAAACGUGGCAAAAAACAAUCAACUAGCGAGUCCGAAAGCAGUGAGAGUAGUAGCGAUGAUUCUAGCUCGAGUUCGGAAGAAGUUAGAAAGAAGAGACGUCGCAAGUCCGAUAAAAAGAAGAAGAAGAAGAAGAAGAAGAUGAAGAAGUUGAGCAAACGUCAGAAACGCAAGCGUAAGCGCAAGCACAGCAGCAGCGAUUCCAGUGAUUCGAGCGAUUCCGAUACAAAAGCUCCGAAGAAAAAACGCUCUCGCAAACUUAAAGAUAAGAAGAAGAAAAAGAAGGCCGAAAAGGAGAGCAAAGAAGUUCGAAGUGACAAGAGUAAAAAAGUUGAAAGUAAAAAACACAAAUCGCUGAAAUCGAAUGAUGAAUCGAAGAAAAAAUCUGGCAAAAGUUCUAAGAAAGAUGACAUGUCAAGUAGCGAAAAGAGCACUAAACAUCUAAAAAAUUCAUCGGCCAACGAAGAAGAUUCUAAUUCUGAUUGGGAUAAAACGAGUACGAAUAAUCAUUCGGUAGAAGAACAAAUUGAAGAACCGAAAAUUAGAGAAGUUUCCGAAGAAUCAAAUAAUUCACAAGAAACUAAAAGCAAAAAUGUGCCAGAAGAACGAAAAGCAUCUAAAUCCCCAGAAGAAAUAAAAGAUAGCAGUAGUAAAGAUAAAGUUGAUCCAAAUGAAUCAGAGGUUCAGAAGGAAGAAGUAAAGGAUGAAUCUCGGAAAACUUUUGAAGCUGACUGGGAUUCUAGAGACUCUAAAGCCGAUGAAAAAAUGGCCAAGCAUUUUGCCUUAAGUAAAGCAACGGGUGAAAAUUGGGUUAAUACUGAUUUCCACUCUCUGAACGUUUUAUCCUUGAAACAAUAUGAGUUUCAACGCCCGAACAAUGAUGAAAUAUUUGCUAACGAGUGGGAUGUGGAUAGCCUCGAAGCUUCGGAAACUCUGGCUAAACGAGAAUCGGCUAAAAAGCAAGUAAAGAAGACUAAAAUUGAGGAAUUGAAGUAUGAUCAUGCGAGUGAAAUGUAUAUUCCAGUUGAAGUAACUCCCGUUAAAGAAAGCAAGAAGAAAAAAGAAAAGAGAAGCAGUACGUUAAGAAUCUGGGAGGAUGAACAGGAAAAUGCAGAUAGGGAGGAAAUGUUACUAAAGGCAAAACAAAGUUCUUCAAAGGAAAUAACAGAAAAAACUUUCGAAGAAAUUGAGAAAAUGGCGGAAGAAACCCUCAGUACGAUUGGAAUAGAUGCCAAACUCAACGUGAGUGUACCGAUCGAAGUUCCUCAACCAGUGCCGCCGCCACCAGCAGAUUGGAAUUUAGUCAAGCAGCCGGAAGAAGAUCAAACAGUAGUCAUUAAUUGGGAAGACGAAGGUAACAUAUGGCCAUCAAGCACGGAACUUUUACCUGCUCCCUUACCAGCACCGAUCCCCAUUGUUACGCCAAAAACUUGUGAUAAUAGCGCCAUUUUUACGAAUUCUUUAUUAGAAACAAUAACUCCUCAUUUUAAAAAAGAGUCGCCGCGAGAAAGCAGCCCGACAGUCGACGACAUCGAGUCUGCGGAAACUUUAAGACAAAAAAUGGAAGAACUUGCCGAGUUAGAGAGGGCUAUAAAUGCAAAUGUGUUCGCUGUUAAAGAUGAGCUAGAUUUAGAAGCUCCGGAAAUUUCUGAAAUCAAAAGUACAAAAGAACUACUCAAUGAUGCGGGAAGUACAAAAUCGAGAGAUUCGUCAUCAUCAAAAAGACGGUUCGUUGACAUUCCUCUUCAACCGCUACCUCCCACAGAUUGGGAAAGCAAACCAACCGCUAUCGAAGAAGCUUCAGAAUUUGGCAUACCAGUAUUGGCUGAGAUAGAAUCGAAACUGGAAACAACGGUUGAUUCCUCUUACAGAGAUGUUUUCCUCGACAUUGAGAAAAUCAAAUAUGAAAGUAAAUUGUUGCAGGAAAAAUCGAUGGAUAGACUACAUGAAGCUGAAGAACCUCGUACCAAACCGGAAGAAGAAAAGAAGGACGAAAAGAAAGAUAUUCUAAAAUUCGUUCCUCAGCAAGUGAUUCUUCCUAAGUCAGAAUCUCUCGAACCAAUCAAACUUGAAAAAAAAUUAAAAGAUGAUUGUAGUGCUAAAAAACUUUCUCCAAGAGCGAAAAGUCCGAUUAAAAAGGAUUACGAGAGUCGUAAAGAAAGUGAAGAUACCCGAGAAAAGAAAGAUCAGAAAAGCUCGAAAUCACGUACGUGGGAUUUCAAAGAAGGUGACAGUCGCAGUGCGAGUGCAAGGAAGAGCAGAAGCCUGAGUAAGAGUCCUAAAAGAAAGAGUGAUAAAUCGAGAAGUAAGCGCGAUAAAAGAGAUCCAAGCCCAGCAAAACAUAGAGAUGAUUCAAAGAAAAGUUAUAGCAAAAGUGAAUCCAGCAGUCGAAGAAAAUCAGACAAUCAUGAAAAAGACCCAGUCAAAAGCGGCAAGCCUUACGAUCCUAUGGAAAUUUUACGUGAAAAGAACUUUGAUCACGAGAGGCGAAGGUCAACAAGAUUGGACGACCCAAAACCACCACCGUCUAGCAGUUACCAAAAAGAUUACGGUUAUGAAAAUAAAAAUCGAUCUCGAGAGACGAGCGUGGAUCGGGAUUACAAGAUGAGACGGAAUCGUAGAAGGAGGGACAGUCGCUCGCCGAGUCCACUGCCGCCCCGACGAGAAAAACGAAAAUCUCCUUUGAGAAAGUCGCCUCCGCCUCGAUUAUCCAGAAGAUCGCCGCUACCGUCGAGGCCGAAGUAUCGUUCUCGUUCACGAUCCAGAUCAUGGACUAGAUCGAGGUCUCGAAGUCGUUCCAGAACACGUUCCAGAAGUAGAAGUAGGUCAAAUUCAAGAACGAGAUACAGGAACCAUGAUCGUUUGGAUAAACUCAGACGGUCUAGAACCAGAUCCAGGACUAGAUCGAGAAGCAGAUCUAGAUCCAGGUCUAGGUCGAGAUCUCGUUCUAGAACCAGGUCAAGAACAAGAUCCAGAUCCUACUCGCCACGACACAGUUACGGUAUGAACGAUCGAUCUCGUCUCGAGGAUAGUUACAGUCGUAUCGAAGGAGUUCCUGCGGCGCACGUCGUCGAGGGCGCCAGACCAGCUCGCCGCCUUGAUACAAUAAUUCAGUUGACCGGCGUGCCUGAUACCACCAGACCCUUACCCGUACCCCAGCAACCUAUUCCUCGUCCCACCGACGCUCCGGUCGCGGGAGAUCCCAGAUCUUACAGGUACGCUGAAACUCAAGCCGAGGGUUCGUAUGAUCAAUACUACCAAACUAGUAGAAAUCUUACUUAUCCAAGGAUUGCUGACGAGCCACCUGAGUCGCCGAAGCGUCUGUCGCUCGACGAUAGGCUUGAACUGGAAUUGGGAAUCAAAAAGUCCUUGGGCAUGGAUACGAGUGCUCCAGCCGGUUACGGAUCACCAACAGUAUAUGCACCAAACUUUCCACCACCGGCUCCUCCACACCAUGGACACUAUCCCUCAAGACAUCCACCCCCUCAAGUGGUUCAGGUCGGUAACGUGCUUCAAGUCGUUCCCAGCGAGUUUCCAGUACGUCCUCCGGAACCUCCACCAACGCCCACCUCUAUCGUCAGAAUCGGUAACGUUUUGCAAGUUGUACCUUCAACGGGCAUGGAUUGGUCGCAGCGAUCGCCUCAACCAUCGCCCGUCGUACGCUACAGUCCAUCUGUCCCACCGCCCAUGUCACCGGCAAGUGUCAUGAGUUCACCGUUACCACCGCAGACCGUUUUGACUAAGCCUCCACCAGUUAAUGUGCCUCCACCUCCAGUUGUUGUCAUUCCUAAUGUACCACCGCCCAUGGUGGCACCAGCGGCAGUGCCGAAAGCUUCCCCAGCGCCCAAAGCUCCUCCUCCAGAACCUUUGCCUCUACCCGUUUACAAUUACGAUGCCAUCUUGGAAGCGCGUCGUGCUGAAAAAGAAGAGCGUAAACGUCAGCGAGAACUCCGUCAUAAGGAAAAAGAACGGCGACGCUUCGAGAGAGCAAAGAGAAGAGCUGAAAAAAUUCUCGGUAAGAGCAAGGUCCUUCCGUGCCUUUUGGAUAAUGAAGAAAUGGAAGAUGAAGGAAAGUUGCAAGAAAACGAGGAAACAGUUGCUUCGAUCUCGACUCAAGCAGUCGAUGCCGAAGACGAAGAAGAGUUUGACGAGGAAGAAGAGGAGGAAGCGCAACGACCUCAGGUGGAAGUCGACGAGGGUGAUAAAGACAAUUCUGUGGUUUCUGCUCUGGCAGCUGAAAAUGAUGCUGACAAUGUCGAAGAAGGCUCGUUACCUAAAACGGACGAUACGUCCAUAAAAAUAUUACCACCUCCAGCAAAAGGAAUUCUAAUUUUACCUGGGUUUGGUAAUCUUUCUAUGACGAAUGGUCUGUUGACUCCAUCGGAAUCUGCACCUGUUAUCGAGGAGGUGCCUGCCCCAGAAACCGAAGCAGAGACAUCCAUAACAUCGAAGAGUGCUAAAAGUAUCAGAAUGAAAAAGGCGGUUCAGUUUGCCGAUGGAAUAAAGCCUGGAGAAGGUACAAGUCCCAGCGGUGGCGAAGGUGACAUGCCAUCGCCACCACCUCCUAACUCAGCGCUUGCUCAAAGUGAAUUGGGCUUAGACAUGCCAAGUAAACUGCGAUUACGAAAAUUGCGGAAAAAGCAAAAGCGCGCCAAACCACAGAAGAUUAAAAAGAAAGUCAAGGUCAAGGUGAUUAAGGUGAAGCCAGUAAAAUCAGCACCCGUGUUGGAAGAUGAUUCGGACGACUUGGAUGACCGCUCGCCGCCUCCUCCUCCGCCAGGUUCACCGCCACCACCGCAUCUAUGGCCAGCUUACUUAUCUGCGUACGGCGCAGCUGCAACACAGCCGCCUCCUUCGACGCCGCAGCAGCCAAUCGACGAUACUCCAACAACUCCGAGACCAGCCCCACCCACGCCUUUACCUUUGCUUGUGCCACCACCGCCACUUAAUUAUUCGAUUCAACCUUGUAGUAAAGCAUAGGCUUUGGAUUUUGUGAAAACGACUUUUAUUACAAUUGCUGCCAUCGGUUAAGUGCAGUACUGUUAAUGAGUAUGGCAUUUAAUGUACCCUAGGUUCUUAACAUUGUUUUUUUUUUAUUAUAUCAAAGUGUAUAAUAUUUCACUUUUUAUGCGAAAUUGCAUGGAGUUUCGAGAAAAAACUAUGAAAAAAUUUAGUAUCGCGUAAAUUGAAAGAUGAUAGUUUUGCAUCGAGACUGUUAUAACAAAUAUGUCAAUUUUACAUAUUAUUUCAAUUGUAUUUCAAUGUUUUUAUUGACAUUGAAAAAUGUCGAGAAACUCAUUUAGUAGGUAACAUUUAAAAUAUAUUGUAUUAAACGAAAGAAUGGUUUUAUGCGUUACGAUUUUUCGUGUUCAAAUGGACGAUUAGAUUUACGGCGUUAAAAAAAAAAAUCAUUCAAAUACGAUUUUUUGAUCAUCAAAAGUAAUUAAGAGUGAUCCAAUGUACAUAAGCACCUUUGCAUAAAAUUAUUUCAUUUAGUUGCAAGUGUUGAAGUAAUGUUUAAGAUAAAGCUUGCAUGAAAAAAACUAGAGUUAAUAGUUUUCUGAUAAAUUUUCAUUGAGUUUCUGUAAUCCAUUAUUUUAAUUUAGGAUCUGUAAUAAUUAUUACUAUGAUUGCUGUAGUAAUUUUGUCAUCUAACUACCAUGUUGAUAAUAUUUUUAAAUUAAUUAAAAAAUGUAACAAUGACUU